AUGAGUGCUGUUUAUACACCAGCACUUGUACAGACAAAAUCGGUGGCAUCUGUGCCGCAUACGCCGGUGCCGAUUCAAGUGCAUUUGUAUGAACGGGUCAAUGCCAUCUGGCAGCGUGGUCGUCUCGACCACGUCAUGGUCGUGGGCGAGGUCCGCGUCUCUGCAGGCCCCUUGUCCUCUUCUCUCACGUCUUUCACGUCUUCGACGUCGAAACCUGAGCCUGUGCGUAUUCUGCUGCGUCUCUUGCAUAUAGAGGCCAUGGCACAGACACGCCUCGGCUCCCUCUGUACGCGGACCAAGGAACCGGAUCUCUUUGAGCUCCAGUUGUUGGAGUCAGCGGAAAUUCGUGCACUGGACUACCAAGUCCAUGUGCCUGAAAGUGAAUACGAUCGGUACCUGCCCCUCCUACUCCAGGUCCAGUGGCGCUGUGAGCCGACGCAGAGCUCUGCGCUGCUCAUGCACCGAACGAAUCCUGCGAUGCCAUGCGGCGACAGACUGGAAGAUGUCUCGUUCCAGCUCACGCUCCCAGCCGACACACAGGUGACUGGCGGCGUUCGCAGCGAGCCUGUUGGUGAGUGGGGACCCCCGACCCCGGACCCUUUCCUUGGCGUUCCACCGCGAUCGAUGGCCCGGGGGGCCCGUCCGCUUUCCCCUUUGCUCGCAAGGUACGCCUCAGCCCGAUCUCAGUGA